UGUAAUUCAAUUUCAUUGUAUUGUAAUCUACCUAAAAAGUUCAAUUUGGGUGGGUUGAGUUGAGGUUAUUUUUAAAGAGAAAUCCAAACAAAGUACACGUUUAUAAAAAAUGAAUAGAAAAAUAUUGCAUUUAAUAAGCCCGUUUAGUGUACUUUCACGGUCGAAAGGUUAUAAAGCCCCAGGUGGAAUACGAUAUCCUGGAGGCAUAGUUUAUUAUCCCAGGAAUCCUGAAACUCAUUUGGACCCAGAGUAUACCCCUACAAAAUUAUUUAGAGUAGAGAGAAUCAAAAGUUCUAAACAUUUUCCAUGGUGGCAAAAGAAAAUAUUGCAAGAUUUAAUGAUAAAUGAAGAGGAAAGGGUAGCAAUUGUAAAAAAUAUUCCUGAAAAUAAUAUGCGGUUAUGGAAAGUGAAACAUCUAAUUAAAGUAACACCAAUAACCUUCCCAUAUGGGGAACCAACAGAAGAAGAUAUAAAAUACACAGUUCUCAAGGAAAAUGGGCAGUGCCUCGUUACCAAGACUUUGAUGCCGCAGGAAAACUGUAUAGAAGCAUUAGAUGAAUUUGAUAUGGAUGCUAAGAAGAUGGACUCCACAACAAUCAAAAGAGACUCAAGACACAAAUGGAAUAAUGCAUUUACUGGUGGAUUUUAGUAUUAAAUGAAAUUUUAGCGUGAAAUAGGCGUUUAGAAUAAAUAACUCAUAUAAUCAA